CGGAACCGUCAGUCGUGUCCGCAGCGAAAGGGAAAAUGUCGGCGCGCUGUCGGUGCGGCCGUACGUGCCACUGCCAAUGACUCCUCGCCCCCGACGCGGUGUGCAGCGCGCGCGAGACACCCCGGCACAUCGUGAUAUCGCGAGCGUCCCCGACGUAGGCGAGCUGUGAAGUCGAGCCGAGAUUUCGGCUUUCACGGAGCGUCCUGAUACGCCCCGGUAUCGCUCUCUCUCUGUGCCUCGAUCUGCGAGUCGACCUGCGUGCGCGAAAACGGGAGCCGCAUACACGGCCGGAAAAAGAGAGAGAGAGAGAGAGAGAAAGUGGGAUCGUGGGACGAGUGGGAAAGAGAGAGAGGGAGAGAGAGAGACCGUAGGUGCAAAACUACACCGCCGUAUAGGGGACGCAGUGCGAGGGUAGAGCCGGACAGUGAGAAGAAAAAGGAAGAAGUGGAGAGAGAAGACACACCGAGAGAGUAGUGACAUGGCGUCGUUAGCGAUAUCAAUAACAAAGAAUGAGUUUAUUGCGGGUGGCAAGUACAGGUUGAUGAGGAAGAUCGGCUCGGGCUCGUUCGGCGACAUUUACCUCGGCAUCAACAUCUCCAAUGGCGAGGAAGUUGCAGUCAAGUUGGAGAACAUGAGAGCCCGGCACCCGCAGCUUUUAUACGAGUCAAAGCUGUACAAAAUAUUACACGGUGGCAUAGGAAUACCGCAUAUACGCUGGUAUGGUCAAGAACGCGAGUACAAUGUUCUUGUCAUGGAUCUUCUCGGGCCUUCUUUGGAGGAUCUGUUCACCUUCUGCUCAAGAAGGUUUACUAUUAAGACAGUCUUGAUGUUGGCGGAUCAAAUGAUCGGUAGGAUUGAAUAUGUUCACUGCAAACACUUCAUUCACAGAGACAUAAAACCGGACAAUUUUUUAAUGGGUAUUGGUCGGCAUUGUAACAAGCUAUAUCUAAUUGAUUUUGGAUUGGCCAAGAAGUACAGAGACAGUCGUACAAGACUGCACAUAAUAUAUCGUGAAGAUAAAAACUUAACCGGUACUGCAAGGUAUGCUUCUAUUAACGCACACCUUGGGAUCGAGCAGAGUCGUCGCGAUGACAUGGAAUCACUUGGUUACGUCCUCAUGUACUUUAACCGGGGAUCAUUGCCCUGGCAAGGUCUCAAGGCGGCGACGAAGAAGCAGAAGUAUGAAAAAAUUAGUGAGAAGAAAAUGUCAACGCCAGUUGAAGUCUUAUGCAAGGGAUUCCCCGCCGAGUUCGCGAUGUACUUGAAUUAUACGCGAGGCUUACGCUUCGAAGAGAGCCCAGAUUACAUGUAUUUACGUCAACUCUUCCGCAUACUUUUCCGUACGUUGAACCAUCAAUACGAUUUCACAUUCGAUUGGACGAUACUGAAGCAAAAAGUAGGGAACAGUACUAUCAGUGGUGGGGUGGCAACAGCCGGACCAGGUCCCUCUCAAGGUGCUCAAGGUGCUCAAGGGCAAGGACAAAGCCAAGGUCAGGCACCUACUCAGGCCAACGCUCAAUCAGGAGCGCGCUAAGACUAUAACUCCAGAUCGUAGCAACAACCUUGAUUGCGAUCGCUGAAAUGUUUUAUACGAGAGAGGUAUCGAACUUCUUACAAAUUGUUCAUUCAAAGAGUCGUAUCAGUCAAGGCUCUAAUUUCGCUGUGCGAGGGAGAGAGGGAAAGCGAGAGAAUGAAAGGGAUGGAGAGAGAGAGAGAGAGAGAGCGUAUGAUUAUGUGAUUAGAAAUGCAACAUUCUUACAAUGCGACACGGGAAGAUGUGUAUAUCACGUAAUUCACAAAGUUACACACGACAUACUUUGUGUGACAUUAGUACUUAGAGUUUCGGUUGAUUGAACUCUUUGGAUUGGAAAUGCGAGUGAGACCCAGCCAGCCAGCCAGCCAGCCUGCUAGCCAAAAAAAUGGCAUGUUCUUUAUUUUGUUACUAUAUAUUUAAUUUACCGUUAUUCAUUGAGAAACGAAAUAAAAGGUUUUGAUGUCCUGAAGAUGACUUUUGUAAGCGAGCACGCGUUGAUUGACCUCGAAUACGAAUAGUUGGAAUCAAGCUGGAAGUUGCUGUAUAAUUUUCACGGGGAGAAAGAGAGAGAGAGAGAACGAGAGAGGACGUUCAGACCAUUCUUGUGGUAA